AUGCUAGACAGUUUUAGUUACAGGGCAAAGAGGCUGCCAACAAGCUCAGAUUUCGCUGGAAAUCCCAUCGGUGUGCUCAGCAAUAGCUCGAUGGGUAAACGGCGGUCGUCAGGCGCAGCGAGAGGGGAUGUACCGGCCGGUGCUGUGCGUCAGAAAAGACACGGCUCCGGUACAUGCAAUUCUAACAACUCCCAAUAUGUCAAGAGGCGACUUGGCAAUCAUCAGGAUCAUCUUUUCCCGCAGUACCUGGACAACAAUAGCAUACCAAGCACGCCGAGUAAGACGCAAGCGAUGUCACGUGGCCAGAGUGUCACUAAGUGGCCAACGGAUAGGACGCCGCGUACCUCAGCUUCUUAUGUGGGUGGUAAUCCGGCGUCGCCAUGCUGUUGCUCGUUGACCGGUUCCAGCCAUCAGGAGGAGACGCCAUCCAAGGCGGUUUAUGACAAUAGGCAGAGAUUGGCAGGCAGCAGGGCCACGAUUCAGCAACCAUGCCAAUAUUUAGCAUCAUCGCAAGCGAACAAUUCAGCAUAUGUGGAUGUGUCUCAGACAGGCUUCGGGAACUCGCAGGCGAAUCCGCCGAGAGAGGCCGAGAGCUCGGAAGCGUUUGGUAACGAAAAUGAUGAAGGAAAAAAUCACGGGGAAGAGGACUCGAAGGACAAUGACAACGAGACGAGGACAGAGCAUAAUGGCAGUGGCAGCGAUAGCAACAGUAACAACAAUAACAAUAACAAUGAAGAAGACGACCCCAACAAAGGCAACGUUCCUUCGGUGGCAGUUCUGAACAAGAAAUCAAGUCAGGCACUUGUACAAAAAUUGCAGGAUAUCUAUAAAAUCAUUGUUAAGCAAGAGAUCGAAUUGCAGGAGCGCUGCUCUCAACUGACCAAUUCGCAAACAACCGAGUUGAAACAAUUAUGGGCAAUCUAUAGAGUGAAUUCGGACCUUAUCAACAACUACAUCGCAUUCAUAACUUCUGCGCUCCUCCCAUCUCAAUCGGAUCAGGAUCUCGUCAUAGGUCAGGAGAUUGUAGAAAUAUACCGAAUCGAAAGGCGUUUGUGGGUAUAUGGUACAAUAACCUUCCUGGACGUACUGAAGAAUUUUUCCAAUUUCAUGGACCCCGAAGUGUGCGCCCAGUUCAUCACACAUGCUUUCAUUUCCAUAUCAAACAUGCUGGCUGAUAUCCCCGCAAGAUAUGCAAUUCCGUGGUACCAAAGGCUGGGCGAUCUCUCGCGAAUGGCUAUAGCUCUCUAUCCAUCAAGCUUCAUAGAUUGGAAAUUAAGUGCUGAAUAUUGGUACACUGAAGCUAUGAAGUACACUUAUGGCCAUGGCAAAUUGUACUACCAUAUGUCGACAGUGCAGCAAAAUACGUUGGAGGCCUUUGUGAAUUUGGGCAAGAGCGUCUUUUGCCAAGAUACAUUCAUCCCCUCGCAACAAUAUAUGCAGCUGGUAAUAGACAACAUCUAUCAACGUGCCUUUGUUGAGCGAAAUAAUGGAAAUCACAGGAAUGCCCUACUCAUUGAAUACUUGAAGCAUAGCGAAGUUAUGCUAUUGCCCAGUUUUCUACAAAGCGCAGACUUACACCCGGUUGUUUUACUCUAUUUUCGUGAGAAGUUUGGAUUGGACACUAACGAGAAAAACAUAUUUGAUACUCGCAGAAUGUUUUGCCAGGAUCAGGAUCAACUGACGUAUUUUUUCCGUCAUGCACCGGCAUUUGCGGAGUCACAUAUAUUGCAGUUGAUAGGCUUUGGCGACCCAAAAAACCCUUUCGCACUGCUGUUCGAUUUACCGAAGAACUUAAAGGAAAGGAAGGACAAAAAAGAGAAAAGAAGAGUAAAAUCCUCUGCGGUUUCUGAAUCCUCAAGCACAAUGGCCAUAGAUGAGGACGAAGGUGAGACAUUUUUGCAGGAAAUGUCAGAACAGGAUUUUUUUGAUAAUCUGGAUUCUUUGAGAUCGUGUCAGUUAUUUCCCCCAUCUUUGGACAUUUGGAUCUAUUCCUUGAAGUACCUCAACAAAACUAGUAUGAACUGCAGCAUGAUAGUCUUGAGAAAGUUCCUUGAAGGUCCUAUCGUUGUUGCACUGCCCCAUUUGCUGCCAUGGGCUUAUUUUAUCAUUGCCGUCGCCCUCAGAGUGGAGAGGAUAUCUGACAGCGCAAGUCGUGAAUUUUGGACAGAAUUUAUUAAUCGCAUUUUCCCUUGGAAUACCAUAGUAAACUUUUUGAACGUUUUGAUGGCCUACAUGCUAGACAACGCUCAUAAUAUGAUACCCAUUUCUCCCAUUUUUAAAUCGCCCCGCACAGAUCUGGAACAAUUAGUCGAGCACUUUAACGAGAAUGAGGACUUACCAGAGGUUUGGAAAUGCUGGGGCACACUUUGGUUUGACGUCAUCUGCAACAAGGAUCGCCCGCAAGUUGACAGUUAUGAGAACGUUGGAAUCAAGGAUCAUAUGUUUCUCGAUGCACCGAUUGAUGGGAUUGGAUUUGACAAAGAGGAUGAAAGGGCUGAGAAGUUCUGGAAGCGAGCUUUCCGCAUAAUCCAUCUUUUCAAAGGGAUCUCCCAGAGAUUCAACUUUAGGAUUGUUACCAGCUCGAGUGCACAGGUCUAUUGUAGGCACCAGGAACUGUCGGCCAAUUUCCUCAAAUCCUUCUGUUUCAAAUUGAACGACGCCCGAUCUUCAGAGACAGAUUUCUCAGCUUUACACAAUGCCAUCGAGAGAAUGGAGGAAAGCAGUUACAGCAACGCCGAUAUGACCGCCACUCCGCCUUUAAGCGUUAUUGAGAACGAGAGCAUUUUCGAUUACCCAGGUUAUAGGAAACCCGCUUUCGAUUAUAGCAGCUACGAUAGAUCAGGAGAUUUGGUGAGUUCAUCGAUAUACACGUCGAACGGGUGCGAAGAAAAACAAGAGACCCGAAAUGAAGACAAGACUGGGCCUCCAACACAGGCCCUAUCGGAGCGCAAAUUAUUUGAACAAAGUGUGCAACAGAGCGUUACUGCAGGCGAAUUUAAACUUGACUUUACCUCCUUCCGCAUGAAUCAGCGCGACACGCAUUUUGUGCUGGAUGCCACGACUUGGUUGAGACAUUUCGCACAUGUUUACAAGCUUGCGUCCAACGACGUUCUGCAGUUUGCCAUUUGCCUCACUACUUUCCAAGAGCUGCGAUUUCUGAGAAAAUCCAAGGAUGAAAACGUCGUAGAGGCUGCCACAAGGGCCGUCAUCACGGUGAGGCAGCUGUACGCUGAGGGCAGAAUACUCCCACUACGGUUCACGGGCAACGUAGCCACACAUAUCGAGGAACACCUGGAAUUCGAAGAACAGAUUACGUGGCGCUCACAUGUCGACGAGUUUGUUUUUGAAGCCGUCCGGAAAGCUCAGGAAAGGCUAUCUCCAACCCAACCUCACGACACCUCAAACCUCCAGCAAGUAGUGCUGGUCACGGAUGACGCCAACAUGAGGGCGAAAGCGCAGGAUCACGGCAUCACCACCUUCACGACCAAAUUCGUCUUUGCCAUUACAAACGCAAUCGGAUACAACAACAAAAUCUGCACAAACUAA